CAUUUCUGUCCCAACACAUCCACUGCAGCCUGCUCGCAUUUAUCCCGUCUUGAUUGGAAGGUUCUUAUGAUUCACAGAGAAUCAUCAACUUUAUAAUAUACCAGCCGCUAGUAUAGAACAAGAUUCAUAACUGAAAAGCUCGUCUCUGGCGCGAAGCUUGUGGAUGGCAACGGAGACGACGUACACUUAAGCGAAAACAAAAUUAAAACUUUGAAAUCAAAGCAGAUAGACCAACAACAUGGAAGCAAGAAGUACGGGACCAAAAGUCACGCCAUUCUCCUCCGAAGCUCCAGACCACCCGGACAUGCCUUUUCGCACUGCUUCCCAAAACCGCGGAGAUGCCCAACAAGCAGCCUCUAGCUAUUCCACCGCUAGGCCAAACGCUCCUGCGGUCCAGAUCCCCGACGGCAGGAAGAACUCGCAGGGCGAGUCAUUACAGAGUCCGACAGAAAGCUGGCAGCCAAGUUUCCAACGCCGACAGAGCUGGAAUCAACAGGAUCUAAAGAGGCAGGUUUAUAUUGGUGAGUUGGAUUCGGGGGAAGGCGCUGGAUUUACUGAGGGUAGAUCGAGGAAGGGUUAAAACUCUGACAAUCGAGGUAUUGAUGGAUUGACAUAAUGCAUGGUGUAUUAGGGUAUAAAUAAAAACGGUAGGCUUUUUGAGGGUUUGGUAGGUUGGUUUCUGGCAUGAUGAGUAUACGCACGGAAUG